CCGGCCCGCCCUCUCCUCUUCCACCUGUCCUUCCUCGCUGCGCCCCGGGAGCACCCCCAUUUUGGGUUAGUUGGGGGCCACUGCCGGAGGUGGGGGAGGGGGCCCUGUGGACUGCCCUCUCCCCCCGCCCCAGCCACACCGCCCAGCGUCAGAGCAUCUCCUCCUUGUCGUUCCUCCGGCCUCGAGGGAGCCCAGCCCUCUGUCCCACCAGGAUCCGUGGCGAGUGGGGGCCGCGGCAGCUGCGUCCCCAUGAGGAAGGAGGAAGAUGCCGGCUGAGCUGCUGCUGCUGCUGAUUGCCGCCUUUGCCAGCCCCAGCUGCCAGGUGCUCUCAUCGCUGCGCAUGGCUGCCAUCCUGGACGACCAGACAGUGUGUGGCCGCGGUGAACGUCUGGCCCUGGCCCUGGCCCGGGAGCAGAUCAACGGGAUCAUCGAGGUCCCAGCCAAGGCCCGCGUGGAAGUAGACAUCUUUGAGCUGCAGCGGGACAGCCAGUACGAGACCACGGACACCAUGUGUCAGAUCCUGCCCAAGGGGGUCGUGUCUGUCCUGGGGCCCUCCUCCAGCCCUGCGUCGGCCUCCACCGUGAGCCAUAUCUGUGGGGAGAAGGAGAUCCCCCACGUCAAGGUGGGUCCCGAGGAGAUGCCCCGCCUUCAGUACCUUCGCUUCGCGUCUGUCAGCCUGUACCCCAGUAACGAGGACGUCAGCCUGGCGGUCUCCCGGAUCCUCAAGUCCUUCAACUACCCCUCGGCCAGCCUCAUCUGCGCCAAGGCCGAGUGCCUGCUGCGAUUGGAGGAACUGGUGCGCGGCUUCCUCAUCUCCAAGGAGACGCUGUCAGUGAGGAUGCUGGAUGACAGCCGGGACCCCACGCCGCUGCUCAAGGAGAUCCGAGAUGACAAAGUGUCCACCAUCAUCAUCGACGCCAACGCAUCCAUUUCCCACCUCAUUCUCCGUAAGGCCUCGGAGCUGGGAAUGACCUCAGCGUUUUACAAGUACAUCCUCACCACCAUGGACUUCCCCAUCCUGCACCUGGACGGGAUCGUGGAGGACUCCUCCAACAUCCUGGGCUUCUCCAUGUUCAACACCUCUCACCCCUUCUAUCCUGAGUUUGUGCGCAGCCUCAACAUGUCCUGGAGGGAGAACUGUGAAGCCAGCACCUACCCCGGCCCCGCGCUGUCAGCUGCCCUGAUGUUCGACGCCGUGCACGUGGUGGUGAGCGCCGUCCGGGAGCUGAACCGCAGCCAGGAGAUCGGUGUGAAGCCGCUGGCCUGUACGUCAGCCAACAUUUGGCCCCAUGGGACCAGCCUCAUGAACUACCUGCGCAUGGUAGAGUAUGACGGGCUGACGGGGCGGGUCGAGUUCAACAGCAAAGGGCAGAGGACCAACUACACCCUGCGCAUCCUGGAGAAGUCUCGGCAGGGCCACCGUGAGAUCGGGGUGUGGUACUCCAACCGGACCCUGGCGAUGAACGCCACCACCCUGGACAUCAACCUGUCGCAGACACUGGCCAAUAAGACGCUGGUGGUUACGACCAUCCUGGAGAACCCGUACGUCAUGCGCCGGCCCAACUUCCAGGCCCUGUCGGGGAACGAACGCUUUGAGGGCUUCUGUGUGGACAUGCUGCGGGAGCUGGCCGAGCUGCUGCGCUUCCGCUACCGCCUGCGGUUGGUGGAGGACGGGCUAUACGGGGCGCCCGAGCCCAACGGCUCCUGGACGGGCAUGGUCGGCGAGCUCAUCAACCGGAAGGCAGACCUGGCUGUGGCUGCGUUCACCAUCACAGCUGAGCGGGAGAAGGUCAUCGACUUUUCCAAACCCUUCAUGACCCUGGGAAUCAGCAUCCUCUACCGCGUGCACAUGGGCCGCAAGCCUGGCUACUUUUCCUUCCUGGACCCCUUCUCCCCUGCUGUGUGGCUCUUCAUGCUUCUGGCCUACCUGGCUGUCAGCUGCGUCCUGUUCCUGGCCGCCAGGCUGAGCCCCUACGAGUGGUAUAACCCGCACCCGUGCCUGCGGGCACGUCCCCACAUCCUGGAGAAUCAGUACACGCUGGGCAACAGCCUCUGGUUCCCCGUGGGGGGCUUCAUGCAGCAGGGCUCGGAGAUCAUGCCCCGGGCACUGUCCACACGCUGCGUCAGCGGAGUCUGGUGGGCCUUCACCUUGAUCAUCAUCUCCUCCUACACGGCCAACCUGGCUGCCUUCCUCACCGUGCAACGCAUGGAGGUGCCUGUGGAGUCGGCCGACGACCUGGCGGACCAGACCAACAUUGAGUAUGGCACCAUCCACGCUGGCUCCACCAUGACCUUCUUUCAGAACUCACGGUACCAGACGUACCAGCGCAUGUGGAACUACAUGCAGUCGAAGCAGCCCAGCGUGUUUGUCAAGAGCACAGAGGAGGGCAUCGCCCGCGUCCUCAACUCCCGCUACGCCUUCCUGCUCGAGUCCACCAUGAACGAGUACCACCGGCGCCUCAACUGCAACCUCACCCAGAUCGGGGGUCUCCUCGACACCAAGGGCUACGGCAUCGGCAUGCCGCUGGGCUCCCCAUUCCGGGAUGAGAUCACACUGGCCAUUCUGCAGCUUCAGGAGAACAACCGGCUGGAGAUCCUGAAGCGCAAGUGGUGGGAGGGGAGCCGGUGCCCCAAGGAAGAGGACCAUCGAGCUAAAGGCUUGGGCAUGGAGAACAUCGGCGGCAUUUUUGUCGUGCUCAUCUGUGGCCUCAUCAUUGCUGUCUUCGUGGCAGUCAUGGAAUUCAUAUGGUCCACGCGGAGGUCGGCAGAGUCAGAAGAGGUGUCGGUGUGCCAGGAGAUGCUGCAGGAGCUGCGGCACGCGGUGUCCUGCCGCAAGACGUCGCGUUCUCGCCGGCGCCGGCGCCCGGGAGGCCCAAGCCGGGCCCUGCUGUCGCUACGCGCCGUCCGUGAGAUGCGCCUCAGCAACGGCAAGCUCUACUCCGCCGGCGCGGGCGGGGAUGCUGGCAGCGCGCACGGGGGCCCCCAGCGCCUCCUGGACGAUCCGGGGCCGCCCGGCGGGGCCCGGCCCCCCGCCCCCACCCCUUGCACCCACGUGCGUGUCUGUCAGGAGUGCCGGCGCAUCCAGGCGCUGCGGGCCUCCGGAGCCGGCGCGCCCCCGCGUGGCCUGGGCGCCCCCGCUGAAGCCACCAGCCCGCCCCGGUCCCGGCCCGGCCCCGCCGGCCCCCGCGAGCUGGCCGAGCACGAGUGAUCAUGGGCGGGGCCGGGCGGGCGCCCGGACUGACCGCAGGGACUGGGCUCGCCCCAGGGCCCGGCCGCCCUCGCUUCCCUGGUGGGCGAGGGACGGGACUUGUGCCCCCGCGCGCCGGACGCCGCGAUUUUGCCUUUGGUUCCCGGUGAAGUCUGAGGCUCGGCUCCGGAACCUGCCUGCGCCCCCUAGUGGACUCGCCAGAGGGUGCCGCGGACGCCCGCACUCCGUCCCCCACUGCGAACAAGAGGAGCGCAGGAACCGAGGACUCCAGGGGCCGAGGACUGCAGGGGCUGUUCCCGGAAGCGGAAAGCAGUUUGCGGGGAGAACCCCAUCCUGGGACUGCUCGGGCUCCCCAAGACUUAACGCAGCCCUCCCCACUUCUGGAGAAGUGGGAGGCCUCUGGGCAGAUGGGUGUCCCCUGGUGCCCCUCAACUCUUCUCUUUCUCUCUUUUUUUUGGGGAGAAACCUCGGAAUUUCUAUGAGACCCCCACAGGGAGGGGGUCAGUUGGGCCCCCAUCCCUCCCCCUGCCACACCCCAGUCCCCGUUGGAAUAAAAAAAGAACAAAACCCCAAAA